AACUUCAACUUCAACUUCUCUUUCUUCACAUAGCUACUUCUCUUUCUCUCUCAAAAUCUCUCUGCUUCCUCAUCUUCUCCACCAUGAAUAAUAACAACCUGUUGUAGCAACAGCAAUAGCAAUAGCAAGAAGCAAGAGAAACCCUAAACCUCGUCAAUUUUUUAAUUAUUUUUUAUUUUGGUGUUCCGAUGGGAAACGGCAUAGGGAAGCUAACGGUGUGCUUCACCGGGAACAACGGCGGGGGGAGGCGGAAGCAGGACAUAUCGAUUCUGAUAACGGAGCCUCUAGACGAGGGUUUGGGGCACUCGUUCUGCUACGUGAGACCCGACCCGACACGGGUCUCGUCGUCCAAGGUCCACUCGGAGGAAACGACGACGUUUCGAACAAUCUCGGGGGCGUCGGUGAGCGCGAACACGUCGACGCCGUUGUCAACGGCGUUCGUUGACCUUUACUCGUACGGAUGCAUCGACAGGGCCGCGGCGUUCGAGAGUUCAACCUCGUUCGCCUCGCUCCCUCUGCAACCGAUUCCGCGGAACCACGCCAACUCUGGGCCCUUCUCGGGGAACUUGGGAACGGCCUUUCCGGGCUCGGGCCCGCUGGAGAGAGGGUUCAUGUCGGGCCCAAUCGAGCGCGGGUUCAUGUCCGGGCCCAUCGAUCGCGCCCUGUUUUCGGGUCCCAUGGAGAGGGAAGCGAAUGGAAACGGAUCGGAUCAGUUUCAGAGAAGCUUCUCACACGGUGGUUUGGGAUUAGGGUUGAGAGUGAGGACUAGGAAGGGACGCUGGAUUCGCGUUCUGCAGAGGGCGAUUUCCAAGACUCUGUCUCGGGGGCAGAGCUCGAUUGUAGCUCCGAUCAAGGGGGUGGUCGUCAAGGAGCCCGACUGGAUGGUGGCGGCGGCGGCGGCGGCGGCCACGGAGAAGCACCACAAUGAGAAUCUCAGUGUCAAUUUGAGCAGUGAAGGGAGUUUGGAGGAUGAUGAUUCCAUGGAGAGUCAGAAUCUUCAAUGGGCUCAGGGGAAAGCAGGGGAGGAUCGUGUUCAUGUUGUUGUGUCUGAGGAACACGGUUGGGUUUUCGUGGGGAUCUAUGAUGGUUUCAGUGGACCUGAUGCACCUGAUUACCUUCUCUCAAAUCUCUACAACUCCGUGCACAAGGAGCUCAAAGGGUUGUUGUGGGAUGACGGCUCUGCCCCGGAGAAUUCCGUGGCAAAAGAGGACACGUUCGGAGAUGUUAAUGUUACAGAUGUGGAUGCUUGUUCUCACUGUGUUGAGCAAGAGAAUAGCAAUAGGACUAAGAAGGGUAGGAAUUCGAGGAGCAAGUUCAAAGGUGCUGCGAAGAAAUGGGAGGAGAAUCAACGGAGGUGGAAGUGUGAAUGGGAUAGGGAAAGGUUAGAGCUUGAUCGGAGGUUGAAGGAGCAAUUGAGUUUGAGUCGAUCUGGGUCUGGUGGAACGAGUUCUAUUAAUCAUGGGGAUGUGUUGGAGGCUCUGUCUCGGGCUCUGAGGAAGACUGAGGAGUCUUAUCUCGAUGUUGCUGAUAAGAUGGUGAUGGAGAAUCCGGAACUUGCUUUGAUGGGUUCGUGUGUUCUUGUGAUGUUGAUGAAGGGGGAGGAUGUUUAUGUGAUGAAUGUGGGGGAUAGUCGCGCCGUGUUGGCUCAGAAGGCUGAGCCUGAUUACUGGCUUGGGAAAAUCAGACAGGACUUGGAGAGGAUCAAUGAGGAGACAAUGAAUGAUCUUGAAUCUUGGGAUGUCGACACCUCCAACUUGGUUCCGAGUUUGAGUGCGAUUCAGCUCACUAAGGAUCAUAGUACCAGUGUUGAGGAAGAAGUCCAGAGAAUCAAAAAGGAGCAUCCGGAUGAUCCUUGUGCUGUAGUAAAUGACCGUGUAAAGGGUUCUCUCAAGGUUACUCGAGCAUUUGGUGCUGGAUUUCUCAAACAGCCCAAGUGGAACAACGCGCUUCUGGAGAUGUUUAGAAUAGACUACGUAGGAAACUCUCCUUACAUAAGCUGUCUACCAUAUCUAAAACACCACAGAUUAGGUCCAAAGGACAAAUUUUUAAUUCUAUGCUCCGAUGGGCUCUAUCAGUACUUGUCAAACGAGGAAGCAGUGGCUGAAGUUGAGCUUUUCAUCACAUUGCAACCUGAGGGAGACCCUGCUCAGCAUUUGGUUGAAGAAGUCUUGUUUCGUGCUGCUAAGAAAGCUGGUUUGGACUUUCACGAAUUGCUCGAAAUUCCGCAGGGGGAUAGGCGCCGUUACCAUGAUGAUGUUUCCAUCAUUGUUAUAUCUUUGGAGGGAAGGAUAUGGAGAUCAUGUGUAUAAAUAAGUAUACUGAAAACCAUAUAUUACAAAAAAGAGGAAGAGGAUAUGAGAUAUAUAAUAUAUAUAGUGGCGAAGGGUGAGGCAUCCUUUUUGCUGUUUUCCCCCUCCCUAUUCACCUUUUGUAAAAUAGCAACUAAGCUCUGAGUGUUUAGUUGUGCAAUUAAGUGGGUGGUGAGGAUUGUAAAGUUGUAAAACCUGGAUUUUGUUGAUUAUAACUCACAUAAAAUUGUAAUUUUUGUAAUAAAAAGUCAUUCCUUAAAAAAAA